AUGAGCUCUGAAGCUGUUCCAACACAAAUUAAUGAACCUGCACCUACAAACGUACCGACAUCGCAAUCUGAGGAGACUGCAGCUGGGGCCACUCCAAAUGCCACGGGCCCUACACCUACCCAUCUUGCUUCCACAUCUCCAGCAGUAGAGGCAGCAGGAUCCUCUUCUGCUCUAGAUUCUUCAUCCUUCAAAGUCUACAAUCCACCCCGGACGGCAGCUGCUUCACCUCGCGAUCUCCCAGACUCCUACUUCGAACCCUCCGCUGCAGACAUCAGAUCCGCCCAAGCAGCCCUUCAUGCGCGAACUCAAGCUCUCACCGACGCACCGUUCCAGACCAGAGCUGCAAGGGAACAGGCGGAGAAGAAGAAGACAGAGAGGUGGCCUACGACAACUAUACGAAUCAAAUUCACGGACCGCACACAGCUAGAGAAGACAUUCCCUUCGACAGACAAGAUACGUUCCGUGUACGCGUUCGUCCGUGGGUCUUUGCGAGAAGACGUGAAGCCUGUCAAAUUCGUACUAUAUCAGCCACCAAAACGCGAGCUCAAGGUCUCAGAUCCCAACGUCCGCGACCUAACUCUCGCUGAGCUCCAGCUUGCGCCGUCCUCCAUCCUCCUCGUCAAGUUCCUAGAUGAGGAUCUUAACCCAUCCGCCUUCGUCCUCCUCCCGGACAAGACCAUGCUGACCAAUCUAACCGACCACACGACCAUCACAGAUCCGGAUUACCCAGCCCCACUCGCACCAUCAAUACUCUCCCUCGCGACAGAUCUACCAACACCGCCUGAUUACGACCGUACACCACCGCCAUCUACUCCUUCGAGCUCGUCUGCGGCGGGUGGAUCGAAGAGUUCGGGUGGCGGCGGCGGUGGAGGAUUGGGCGGGGAGAAGAAGAUGCCGAAGUGGUUCAAGGGAGUGGGGACUCAGACCGUCAUUCGUGAAGGUCGACGUCAUAUACGGGCGUGGUACAGUUACAGCGUCGGGACGUCUGCCAGGGGGAGGACGGGGAAGGGCGAGGGGAGAGCGAGAUACCAGGGCUGGACGGUCGUGUUUAGUUUGUAG